AUGAGUGAUAAUGAAAGCUACAUUUCUGCAGAAAAUAACAAGAGUGAUGAUGGGAAAAAAUCCAAUGUAAACCUUGAUAAUUUUUUAAAUUAUGAUAUAGAUUAUUAUAUGAAUGAAAAAAAUAAAUCAAAUUAUGUAGGAGUAGAUAUAUUACAACGUAUUGAUUAUUAUAAUAUAAAGAGUGCUAAUAAUGAGUAUAUAAUGAAUGGAAAUUUAAGUAAUAAUAAUAAUAAUAGUCAUUAUCAUCAUAAUAUAUUAUUAUAUAAUAGAAAAAAAGAACAAGUUGAUAUAUUUUAUAAAUUAAAAAAAGAAUUAUAUAAUAUAGCAUAUACAAAUGAAGAUAAUAAAAUAAAUAAUGUCGUAACAACUAAUAAUAAUAUAACGGUUCAAAAAAAUUCAAAGAAAACAUCAAGUUUUAAUACAAAAAUCCUUAAAAAAAAUUUUAAUUUAUUUCAUUCGAAAAAUAAAGAUAAAACUAAUAAUAAAAAAUCAUAUGAUUUGUUAAAUAAUGAUUUAUGUAUAACCUUAGGAAAUAAAAUAGAAGAUACUUAUAAAGAUAUUAAAAAUAGUGUUAAUUGGCUAGGAAACUUCUUUUCAAACAAUGAUAAUCAAGAAGAAAAAAAAUAUGUUAAUGUUUAUUAUGCGGAUUUAUAUUUUUUCAACGAUAUAACCUUAAUACGUUUUCUAGAUACAUACAAUUAUAACAUGUUGAAAACUUUGAAUAAAAUAAUUAAGUUUAUAGUUUGGAGACAAAUGCAUAUACAAGAUUUUAAUAAUAAAUGGGAUACCUUGAAAUUAUCUGAGCAAUUAACAAAAGAAAAUGAUAACAAUAAUAAUGAUAAUAAUGAUAACAAUAAUAAUGAUAAUAAUAAUGAUAAUAAUAACAAUGAUGAUGAUAAAGAUAAAGAUAAUAACUGUAAUAUUUUUCUUAACCCUUCUAAUAUUAAAGAUACUCUUAUAAAGUCAAACAUCUUCAGAUGUGGAUACGAUAUGUAUUCCAGACCCAUACUAUAUGUUAAGAUACAAGAAAAGCUAGACAUGAGUGAAGACGAUCUUUUUCUCAUGUUAGUUUAUCACGUGGAUAUGUGUAUUAAUAGUGUAGACUACAAAAAAUGUUAUCCAGAUGCAUUUACAUCGGAGAAGGACAACAUCAAUAAUGAUAAUGAUAAUAAUGAUAAUAACAACAAUAAUAAUAACAACAAUAAUAAUAACAACAAUAAUGACAAAAACAAUAAUGACAAAAACAAUAAUGAAGACGCAGAUAAAAGCAAAAGUAAUUAUAACAGCAGCAGUGAUAGCAACAAUAAGAAUUAUUGUUAUAAACCUAAUACAGAAAAUAUUAAAAUAGAUGAAACGACCUUACAACUUGUUAUUGUUGUGGAUUGCCUUAAGUUUGAAUUAAAUAAUAUGAUUAGCGUGGAAUGUAUAAAAAAAAUGAUAAAUGUAUUUAACGAGUUUUAUACGGAUGUUUUAUUCAGAAUAUAUGUUAUUAAUGUACCAUCCUUUUUUAAGAAGGUUUGGUGUCUUUUCAAUAUGUUUAUUGAUAAUCAUACAUUAAAUAAAAUUAUUUUUAUUAAUAAAAAAAACAUUAAUUUAAUGUAUGAACAUAUUCCUAUUCAUAUUAUGGAACACUUAGAUAAAAAUGCAACAAAAUCAGAGCAACAAAAAUCAGUCUUUUUUCCUUCUAGUUCUUUAUAUUACAAGUAUGAUGAAAUGUAUUAUAAAAAGCUUAUGCAUUAUGUCAAUAUUUGGGUAGACAAAAUGAUAAAGACUAAUCACUAG